GUUAUGUGAUCACGAUUAUGCGGUCGAAUUUUCGUUUUGCGAUGGGUCCGUGAUUUUCGUGUUGGUUUUGAUUUUUUAUAGAGAUGUGUCUUUUAGAAUAACCAAUCAAUUCAGUUUUUGUUCUGCGCUAAGAAUGAAAAAUCUCUCGCAAGUCUCGAACCCAUCGAUCGAUCAAGAUCGACAUUAACUUGUGUCCCCGGCGAAAGAAAUAAACUGCAACUUUUUUUAAAAUCGUCAUCUGGACUCUUGAGGGCUAUACCAGCUCGACUCUUAAUUUCCCUCAUGUUUACACUAGCAGUAAUUGAACUAGUUUAUAGUGAAUAUAAAUAACGAGGCUUUCGAAUCCCGGUGCGGACAGUGAAAAUGGCUGUGAAAUUGAAAAUUGUGCUGUUCCUGUCUACGCUCUCAUCCCUCGUGCAAUGUGAGGAAAAUUUUCCUAUAGUGGUGAGAAAAUAUGAACUGGACGACCCAGAUAAGUGUAGCGAAAAUAAUGGUAUAUUUUGCAAAAUAUCAGUCACCCUUGUUCCACACAACAGCACCUUCGACUCUAGAGCUUGGAAAAUAGUAGAGGAAACUUCACAAGAUUUUCGUUACUUUGAUAGAGCGAAACUCCUUCAUGGUCGUUGUUUCAAAAAGUAUCAGAUAAGAACGUUGAAUCAGGCAUUGCAGGAAGAAUACUCGACCAGAUACCUAAACGAAAGUCUCCAUGGAAUUGUGAACAAUUUCAGAUGCUUCGAAAAAGGGCGUCUCAUACUGGACGAUGUAGACUACUGGGAUCUACUUUUUGGAUCGAUUGCCGUUAUAUAUGGAUUGUUUAUGGUUGGUGCUACCACGUAUACAUACCUGGCUGAUCAUGAGAAGGAUAACUUUCUGGUGAAAAUAUUAUCGAUCUUUUCUUUCGUAACAAUAUGGAAAGAACUGAAGAAACCUAUAUUGAACGAGGAUUUUCAGAAAUUGAAGUCCAUACAAGGACUUCGUACAUUGACCAUGAUGCUUAUAAUUUCAAUGCACGCCUUUUAUGGGAAUAUGUUCACAUUUUUGAACAACCCCGAGUAUGUGGAGAACAUUUACUCCAACAUCAUCACAAGGUGCUUGGUAACAAUUUUCACCUUCUUGGUACAAACAUUUUUCUUAAUAUCAGCCUGGUUAUUAACGAUUCAGCUGAGCAAUAUCAUAAAGAAAAAUGGUGAUCUCACAUUCAAGGAUGUAGUCAUCCUGGGAAUAAACAGAUAUUUCAGACUAUUACCUGUGAUUAUAGUAUUACUAUUGGCUCUAAGAAGUAAUCUCACAUUCGAUGUCAUAUCAUACAUAAAUGAGGACAUUGCAGAGAGAGAAGUGGAAAUUUGCAGAUACUACUGGUGGAAAAAUUUACUGUUUAUACAAAAUUUUUAUGAAUCAGACAAAAUUUGUUCAGGUGUCACUUGGUAUUUGGCAACCGAUUACCAACUCUAUCUUCUGACUCUAGGGUUGUUUUACGUGGGCCAAAAACUGAAAAUUUCCAGAAAAUACUUGAUUGGACUCACAAUAAUUACAACUGUAGCAACACAAGUUGGUGUAAUAGCAAACACAAAUUUUCAAGGCUUCAUGAGGCUUAUACCAAGGACUGCCAAUCUGGAAGACAUGAUGGUGUCAAACGCUUUCAUUUGGUCGUACAUCCCAGUUUGGUGCAAUUCGAUAACGUACAUGGUAGGAGUCAUAUUCGGUACAAUAUAUUUCAAACACAAACAAGAAAAAUUGUUCGAAGAAAACCACAAGAAGAUAUUAUGGUUCCUGGGUUUCUUCGGCUUCCCAAUAUUGGCUUUGGUAGCCGCAUCUUAUCAAUAUGAAACCAGGAUCUAUGAAAUCUUGGUUUCAAUUCUUGCCAGGCCCCUCUUUGGCAUUGGAAUUGGCAUUGGAAUUUUAGGGAUGGCUACCAGGACUGGUGGUCUGAUAAAAAUAAUUUUAGAACUGAAACCUUUAGUAUUUCUGGCUAAUUUUUGCUAUUGUGUAUAUUUAUCCCAUUACGCAUUCGUGUUCGUGAGGAUAUUGCGUCAAGAUGAGAUUGUAGACUUAUCCAUGUUUUAUAUAGCAAAAUACACAUUAAUCGACUACACACUCUCCUUCUCGUUUGGUGCAUUGGUGUACAUGGCUGUGGAACAUCCUUUUAUUCAACUACAGAAAUUGAUACUUCCGCAAGUGAAAACGAAAAAGGAAAGCAUAGAAGAAACGCCAAAACCAACGAAAACUGUAAACACGAUUUCUGCUUGAUUAUUUGAGGAAAUAAUCGAAGUCCAAAUCGAAAGGCUACUUUUUUGUAGCUUCAGUCUGACCAAACAUUAUGUACAUAUUCAAGUUCAAUUAAUUUUAAGUAGUUAUAUGAAUUUUAUUAAUAAAUUAUUUAAACAAA